AUGGCAACUUAUCCCUACCAGCCUUUAAACCUCCCUAACGAAACCCGCAUUCUCACCGUCCAACCCGGCAACUUUGACGACAAGAUUAUAUGCGGCAUCUCGCACCUUAACCUCCUCUCACCGGACGAGCCGUACGAGGCAUUGAGCUAUUGCUGGAGCAAAAGCAUCGAUGCCGCUAAAGAAAUCGACCCAGAGUCUGAUGUCCCCUGGGCCGUCUACGGCAAAGACGAUGACGGCAACACAAUUUCCGAGUCUGGCACGUCCAAAUGGAAAGACCUGUGCGACCAUCCCUAUCACGGCGAGCAGUACAUCCGAGGAGGUGGCCGCAUGCCCGAUGCCCCCAUCACAUGUGACGGCGUGGAGAUCAUCGUCGGCGGGGAACUCUUCCGCGCGCUUCGAAGAAUGCGAAGCGAAGAGGGAGGAGAGCCGCUUCGGAUUUGGGUUGAUGCGCUGUGUAUCAAUCAGCAGGAUAUCAAGGAGCGGAACGAGCAUGUUCAAGUCAUGAGACGGGUAUAUGCUGGUGCGGUAAGGACGCGGGCAUGGCUGGGCGAGUCGACGGAGAUGGAUUUGCACGCUAUCCGCACGCUGUAUGCUAUUUCGGAAGUGUUUGACGACAUUUUUGUUCAUCGCAAGGUUGUUGAUAUGGCGAGCGCGACGAUGCAAGAGGUCCAGUGGCAUUUCCUCAACAAUGCAGAUACACGUCGGCUUGACUGGGGGCUCUUGGCUGAUUUGCUGAAUCGGUCAUGGUUCAAACGUACCUGGAUCAUCCAGGAGGUCGUCAACUCUCGCGAGGUCAUGGUUCAUCUUGGACCGAUACAAAUUCCCUGGCACUUUAUGGCGGUCGUCAUUCUCGCUCUGUCAGACUUCAAACUACAAACACUGAUUAGCGAAUGCAAGGGCUUCAAAGCCAUUGGGUUCAUGGAGCAACUCCGCAAAGAACGUGUGGAUGAAGCGGCGACGUUCACUAACACCCCGCUUCUUACCUUGCUAGAAGAGUUGAGAGACUUUCAAGCGACGAUCCCCAGCGACAAGAUUUACGGGGUGCUUGGCCUCAUCAAUCAGAAGGGAGACUAUGUUGUCGACUAUUCUCAGACUUCCGAAAAGGUAUUCACUGACUUUGCGGUCAAGAACAUAAAGACCGGAUCACUGGAAAUUUUGACACAUUGUGUUGAGUCGUCGAAGCCGACGACCCUGAAACUUCCGUCUUGGGUGCCUGACUGGACUCGUCCAGGCUGGACUGAGCCGCUUCGCAUCCGUGGGUUGAAGGCCUCGGCUACCGGUGAUAGCAAGCCGAUCAUGCAUAUCGAUGAGGAUACAGGAGUCUUGCAUAUCAAGGGCAGGAUUGUCGAUGUGGUGGCUCAGGUGGAAUGCAAGAGACAGAUUCCUGGGCCGAAUCAGCAAGGCCCAAUGGGAGGCGGCAGCACCGAUGAAGUUGAAAAAGGCGUCGCUGAAAAUUUAGGCAAACCUAGCGACUCAAAGGCCAUAAAGAUGGCAAAGUAUGGCGGCCCAAUCUUCAAACACGAGGAGGAAAACGAUCAACAGAGAGCGGAUGGUAGCAGAGCGGAGGACGACGCCGACAGACCCAGGAGCCCCAUUAACGACGCCGAGUACAGACUCAACGAGACAAUAGAAAAGAUGGGAAAACAUGCAGAACAGUGGUACCGCAGCGUAACCGACGUUGCCUUUCCAGACAAGACGGCUACCCCCAAGACAUGGGAAAACCUCUGGCGGACCUUCAUGUGCAACCAAACGCGGGAUAACAAGCGACCUGGCGAGGAUUACGUGAUUGGCUUCGAGAUACACUACAAGAUCGCCUUGGAACCGGGUAAGGGACUUGCUCGCGUUCUCCAGGAGCGGACGGACCACGAGAUCGAGUUUCACGGGUUGGCGCCACAGGAUGGGGUUGCGCACUACAUGAAGGAGAAAGAGACUGCAGAGAAAUUUAUUGGUGCGCAUACGAAGUGGACUUAUGAUCGAAGGUUCUUUCGCUCGGAGGAGGGCAGGUUCGGGUGGGCUGUGGAUGGGGUAAGGAAGGGUGACUUGGUUGUUGUGCUGUAUGGGUGUGACUAUCCCAUCAUUGUCCGUGACGAUGAGCAGAAGAAGUCACGGAUAGUCGGGGACUGUUACAUUCAUGACCUGAUGGACGGUGAGGCCAUGGAGGAAAGUCUUGCGUUUGCGGAAACCGAGUUUGAGAUUGUAUAG